AUGGAUAAAAAACUUUGUUUGAGCUUAUUGAAUCUUAAAUUGUUGUCUUCUUCUGAGGUGUCAAAUAUUAUAGGAAAAGCAAAAAGAUUAGAGCCCUUUGAGGGCACGCUGCCCGGAAUUGUGAAAUUGUAA